UUUAUCAUUUAUUUUCAAUUUUUAACAACAAUCGUCAAUCACCACUAUUCACCAGUAAAAUUAAAAAUUAUUUGGCUAUCAUUAAUUUAUUUGUUACUUCCCUAUAAUCUAAGGCCGAGCUUACAUCUAUUACAGCAAUUUUAAAAAAGUUAUAUUUAUGGUAACUAAAAUGCCAGAAGGAGAAACAGAGCCAGUAUCACUUGUGACAAUCAAAGAGCCAGUUGAUUUAAUUCGUCUUAGUGUAGAUGAAAGAAUCUAUGUUAAGAUGCGCCAUGACCGAGAAUUACGUGGUCGGCUUCAUGCUUUUGAUCAGCAUUUAAACAUGGUGUUAGGAGAAGCUGAAGAGACUAUAACUACAAUUGAAGUUGAUGAAGAAACAUUUGAAGAAGUAUAUAAGACUACUAAACGUACUAUACCUAUGUUGUUUGUUAGAGGAGAUGGUGUUAUACUUGUGUCUCCUCCUUCUACUACAUCAUAAUGUAUUUUUAUUUAUCAUUUAUAUAACUAUUUUGUCAAAUUGUGGUUAUAACAAAUAUUUAAUAUUAAAUAGAUUAAGUUCUAAUAAUUUAAAAAAUAUAUAAUUAUAAGUAUUAA